AUGUGCGGCGACUCUCAUCUCCCUCCGGCCCGUGAGUCAGGUGAUCUGAUAGCCGUCAUCCACCCAACCGAGCUCCAAUCUCUAGAGCGAGACCCAAGUCCCAACGAGACCCAGCGAUCAUCGACGUUUCGAGGAAGAUUGAGAUUGUCGAAUCGACGACCAGGAGCAACGAUCUCGACGUUGCAGUGCGAGAGUGAUGGCGAGAGUGAUAGUGAUCCCCAUGAUAACGGGUAUGGUGAUGGCUUCGGGGAUCGACGUCUCCAUGUGCGGAUCCAUAAAUUCGGCCAACCGCUGACAAUGUGCUACGCCUCGGCCGGUCUUUCGUUCGACACAGAAAGCAUCUCAAACUCGUCCAACCCUGUCUUGCAUUCUUUUUUUGUGGAUCUUGCAAGCAGCACUUCCACCACCGGUGAUGUGAGAUUGAACCUCGGCGUGGGAGGCGACGGAGUGGUCGGAAGGACGGUGUCGAUCUCUGAUGGACAUACUAGACGAGUUCUCGGAGAAGGUGUUAUUGGAUGGAGCUGA